AUGCCACCAAAGCCGUCCGCCAAGGGAGCCAAGAAAGCCGCGAAGAGCCAGAAGGCCAGCCGUACUGGAGACAAGAAGAGGAAGCACAAGCGCAAGGAGAGCUACUCGGUCUACAUCUACCGUGUUCUCAAGCAAGUGCACCCCGACACUGGUGUCUCCUCAAAAGCGAUGUCGAUCAUGCACUCGUGCCACAAUCAUGCCCGACUCUCUACAUCAAUGGCUCGUACCAAGCAGACCGCUCGCAAAUCUACUGGUGGCAAGGCCCCACGAAAGCAGUUGGCAACCAAGGCCGCUCGCAAAUCCGCACCGGCCACAGGAGGAGUGAAGAAGCCCCAUCGUUAUCGCCCAGGAACCGUCGCCCUUCGUGAGAUCCGUCGUUACCAGAAGUCGACCGAGCUGCUCAUCCGCAAAUUGCCGUUCCAACGUCUUGUUCGUGAAAUCGCUCAAGAUUUCAAGACUGAUCUGCGUUUCCAGUCGUCGGCUGUGAUGGCUCUUCAAGAGGCCUCUGAAGCGUACCUCGUUGGUCUGUUCGAAGACACCAACUUGUGCGCUAUUCAUGCCAAACGUGUCACCAUCAUGCCCAAGG